AGAUGAUGAGCACUGAUCUGCUUUCUUAAAAACACUUCUAGAAGAGGUUUAUGCAACAAUGCAACAUAUUAGAGCAAUUUCUUGCAGAAACAAAAAAGAGGAAAUUUCUUGUCACUCAUUCGGGACAAGAAGAUUAAUAAUGGAGGAAGAACUUCAGACACCUAGAAGAAGAGAUCAUACUGUUUGGUUUAGGAAUAGGAAGCAUAUUCUAUUAUGGGUCACGAUGGGCAUUGCCUUUGUGCUACUCCUAGCUCUUUCCUCCCAGAGCCUCAGAAAUGAUUCAGAAGUCUCCAAAGAUAUCAACAAACAGAACAGAGAAUUAUCAUUAUUAUGUAACAACUCUGGGAAAUUGGAUGAAUUCAAAACAGAAAUUGCUAACGAUAUCAGACAAGUGUGUGGAAGUGUAAGCACUUUCAAAGCUGAUUUGGCAAAGAACUGCAGUUUGAGUCCUGUGUUAGAAACACUGGAAGAGCUCAAAAGAGACAACGCUAGAAUUGCAGAAGAUGUGAUGCAGAUCCUGGACGCAGUACGUAACUUCACGGAGGUACACUGUACAACCUGUCCAGCUCACUGGCUGCCCUAUCAAAACAGCUGCUACUUGUUUUCUUUCGCAAAGAACCCCUGGAAGAUAGCUCAGCAGUCUUGUGAAAAUGAAGAUUCUCACCUGGUUAUUUUGAACAGUGGGCUAGAACAGAACUUUUUGGUAAAACAUAUGGGCCAUGAGCAGGUGUUUUGGAUAGGCUUGAGUGAUGCUCACAAGGAAAACCAGUGGAUCUGGGUGGAUAAUACAACUUUAUCUUUGUCCUUUUGGGGGAAUGGUGAACCCAAUAACGCUGGAUCAAAUGAGGACUGUGCUACCCUGCGCGUCACUGGGAAAUGGAAUGAUGUCGCCUGCUCUGGAAAGCAAUACUGGAUCUGUGAAAAGAAAUGUUAGCCAUGCUCCUGUCCGCAGUAGCCCUUUGCAAGCUUGAAAGAACUGCUAUUAUAUUAUCCUGGAAGCCUCCAGAAUCAUGUUCAUAUGACCCUUUUAAAAAAUGCAGUAGCGAAGGCCUUCAUCCUCUUCAUCCUCCUCCCCCUCUCUCCUCCCCUAGCUUUUGUGCCCUCUCAAUCUUGAAUAUUGAUUGCAUCUUUUGUUUUUCUCUUGGGGUUCACACUGAGUCAUAGAGAAACAACUGCAUGCAAACAGGUCUUCCUUCCUUCAAAGCAAGGGAGCAACUGUUACUUGCUGGAGCUUUAUUUAAACUGCAUCUGUGAUCAUGCUUGCUACGGUGUCCCAAGGGAAUUGAAUGCAUUGCUUGUACAUGACCGAUAUUUGUUACUUAACAUGAAAAGUUGGAAUAUGUUUUUAUGCUAUUAUGAUUUUGUUAUCCAGGGGUGGUGGGGCGCUAAGACUUCCUUCCUCCACAUAUAUGUGAGCAGUGUUGCUUUCAUCCUGAUGCAGUAACAGGUGGAGAAAAAUAAGCCAUUGGAGGUAAAACCACAGAAAACUCUUAUUCCUAAAGAUUGCAUGUCUCUUUUCUCUGCUUCCCACCUCAGCCUCUGCUGCAGUUAAGUAGCAGCUUCAUUCAAUAAAAAUAAUUUUUAGUCAAUA